CUGCGUUACCUCGUUACUUUAGGCGGUGUCGCUGAAAGGAACGUGGCGUCCACAACGCUCCCGUUCGUCGUGUCCUUUGGUUUUGACCUCGGCCCCAACGCCCCAUCACACAGUCAUACAACUUGCAACACCGAUGGCGGCCACAACCGCUCCUACAUUUGGUGGCAAAUACACGCUGGAGAGCGAGAUUGGCUACGGCGGAUGCGGAACCGUGUUCCUUGGCGUCCACACUAUAGCAGGCAAGGAGGUAGCAAUCAAGGUAGAACCACUCCCACCACCGCCAACGCCCGCUUCACCCGAAGCCGGUCGGUUCAAACGGCUAGGAUCUCCCCCCAGGAACGAGAAGGAAAAGGCGAAGGAAAACGUACCGGUCAUCCCAGGUGGACCCAUGAACUACGAAUCAAAGCUUCAGCAGAUUGCGAAUCUGUCUACCCCACUGAAGCAAGAGAGCAAAUGGUAUAAGACUUUAUGUGGGGCGCCUGGUGUUCCAUAUAUUUUGUACUCCGGUCGUUCUGGGCCCUACAACGUUCUCGUUCUCGACCUGAUGGGCCCGUCAUUGGAAGAUCUGUUCAAGAUGUGCAACAAGCAUUUCACGCUGAAGACCGUGCUCAUGCUUGCAGAUCAGCUUUUGACUCGAAUACAAACGCUUCAUUCGCGCUCCGUCCUGCAUCGCGACAUCAAACCGGCGAAUUUUGUCAUGGGCACCGAGGCGGGAGGCAACACGAGCAUAGUGAAUGUGAUUGACUUCGGCUUAGCCAAGCGUUUCAGAGAUCCGGUGACUAACGAGCACAUCCCCUACGUGCACGAUAUAGAUGCAGAUGGCCAAGGACUACACGGUGUUGGCACUAGUCUUUUUGCGUCAUUGAACACGCAUAUGGGCAUAGAAUCCUCCCGCAGGGAUGACCUUGAAAGCCUGGCCUAUAUGCUCAUCUAUUUUCUACGGGGCUCAUUACCUUGGAGGCGGCUGAAAGGGUCAACGGUCAAAGAAACCUGGGACGUGAUCAGGGACAAGAAACUCGAAACUGAGGAACUCCUAACAGUCGGCUUGCCACAAGAAUUCGAUAUCUUGUACCGUUAUGCUCGAGGUCUGCAGUUCGAGGAUAUGCCGGACUAUGACGGACUAAGGGCCAUGUUCCGCUCGCUCGCGCAGUCAAGGGGGAUACAGUAUGAUUGGAUUUUUGACUGGACCGUCGGGCCUCCGCCCAACCCCCACGGACAUGAUCCCUAUUCGUCUCCACGCCAUGCUCUUGGCCAUAGACGUCCUGGUGCUCGGAAGCGACAUUGUGAGGCAUGCGACGCCCGUGCGUUGGAGGAGAAUGCAUGUAGUAAAGUCAAGGCGGAGCGCGCUGCGAAGAGACUGGCAGAGGCGCGACGAAAAGCAGAGCGGGAUGCGGGCAGCCCAAGCAAACCUUCAAUGAGGAGAGCAGAAACGAUGCCGGAAUUGAGGAAGCGCGUUGCAUCGGCAGGAAACAUGCAAGCGUGGCAGGAAGGUCAAGAUAAGGUAGUCAGGGGACAAGGGCACGGAACAAGGACGGCGAGGGCAUCGCUACCUGGCGAAGGAGAACGAGCAGCUGAAGAAGAGUACUGAGGUCGGGUCCCGAUGUCGUUCUUUUGGCGCGCAUCCUUUCCACCUCACAAAAGCCCGUUGACGGCACGAGUCAUGCUCGUAUUGUCACGGUCCUCAGCACAACCACGCACGAGUACGGGUAGCCUCUGCGUUGACUCGUGCCACUGUCGCCAUUCACACUUGCGGCUACCUGUGAGUUGUACUUGAUUGACGAGGGUUAUCCCCGUCUGCGUCCAUCUCAUGAUCUUGUGAUAUUAUGGGUCUCCCAUCCCAAUCUGCCCCGUUUUCAGAGCCGAAGACGCACGGACUGCGUCCACAAGCGCGAGACCGAAUCAUUGUAUUUUCUCUCGUUUGUAUUGCCGGGCACCAUGACUUCAUUUAUAUGUAUAUGCACCAUCGUAAUGUCCCAUAUGUCGUCCUGUUGUCGUGCUGUAAAUAGCUAUCCAAUUGCUUUCUAG